AUGCGUCUCGAUAAGAAAGUCGCCGUCGUCACCGGAUCCUCCUCCGGACUUGGGCGAGCCAUUGCCAUCCGCUACGCCAAUGAAGGAGGACUCGUUGUUUGCGCGGACUUGUCUCCGAUGGCACGAUCGGUGGUUCCCGAAGAGCUCGAAAUCACGACGCACGAAGCCAUCCAGCAAGCCGGCGGACGAGCCAUCUUCGUGGGUACGGACGUUGGCGAUGCAGCGGCCGUCGAGCAAAUGGUGCAAGCGGCCGUGAAAGAAUUCGGACGUCUAGAUAUACUCGUGAACAACGCCGGCGUGGCCCUCGAGACUCGUCGGCCGGGAAAAGUCCACGAAACCGACGAAGACCUAUGGGACACGACGAUGCGCGUGAACGCGAAAUCAGUCUUCUUGGGAUGCAAGUAUGGGACAGCGCAGAUGCUGAGACAGGAACCGCAUGAAUCGGGCGAUCGGGGCUGGAUCAUCAAUAUGUCUUCGAUCUGUGGCAUUAUUGGGACAUUGGAUACUCCAUCAUACUGUGCUUCCAAAGGAGCAGUCAGCAAUCUUACUCGCCAGGUCGCCUUGGACUAUGCAGCCGAUCGCAUCCACGUGAAUGCCAUCUGUCCUGGAUAUACCCAAACUGCUAUAUUUCGCGACACGACGGGGGGCAAUCUGAUGGGAGUGGAGGCGCUGCAAAGGAAACAUCCACUGAAAGGACCGGGAUUACCGGAUGACAUUGCGAAAGUGGCGGUGGUAUUGGCGAGCGAAGAUGCCAGCUGGAUGACGGGAGCGUGUGUACCGGUGGACGGGGGAUAUACAGCUCAGUAG